AAGAAACAACCAAAACUUUUGAGAGUUCCGUCGUAAUUUUACCAUGUUUAUUGAUCCGCAGUGACACUACAAAGUUUCGUUACAUUUUAGUACAAAUAUACCAGACACAGAAAUUAGUUGCGAAUUGGAAUGGACGACUAAUGCGACCAGAAGACGUGAGGUUGCUAACGUCACUAACUGUUAGCUUAGCUAGCUAGCUGAGACUCGGCUCCACCCCCAGGUUGCUCAGCUGUUCUUGUCAGAUAACCGUUAAACGUGACGCAUUCAUGUAUAACCAGAGGCAGGCAAAAUUGUAUAUUUUUCAAAAACUCAACAGUAUUACCAGCUGCCAUGGCCUCAGGUGGGGCCCCAGUGCCAGGGGCCACCCAUUUGGCCACCAAGGUGGAGCUGACCAUCUCCUGUGAGAACCUCAUGGACAUGGACAUCUUGUCUAAGUCUGACCCUCUGUGUGCCUUGUACAUCAACACUUCAGGCUCCCGCUGGCAUGAGUUUGGACGCACAGAGAUGAUCCUGAACUGCCUGAAUCCAAAGUUUGCCAAGAAGUUUGUGAUUGACUACUAUUUCGAGGUGGUGCAGAGGCUGAAGUUUUGCGUGUAUGAUAUUGACAAUACCACCUAUGACCUGAGUGAUGAUGAUUUUCUGGGGGAGCUUGAAUGUACCCUGGGCCAGAUUGUUUCUAGCAGGCAGAUAACUCAAUCUUUAUUGCUGGAGGACAAGAGGCCUGCAGGUCAUGGGACCAUCACAAUCUGUGCUGAAGAAAUAACAGAUAACAGAGUGGUAAACUUUGAGGUGUCAGCCCGCAGGCUGGACAAAAAGUUUUUGUGGUGGUCCGACCCUUUCCUGGAAUUCUACAAGCAUACAGAAACUGGAUGGCAGCUGGCUCACAGAACAGAGGUGGUAAAGGACAACCUUAACCCAAUAUGGAGACCCUUCCACAUCUCAUUGCAAUCUCUCUGUGGAGGAGAUGUGGAGAGACCUAUAAAGGUUGAUUGUUUUGAUCACCAUGUCAGCGGCUCCCAUGACCUUAUUGGGAGCUUUAAAGCCACACUUGCGGAGAUGCAAAUGGGAACACACAUUUCCCCGGCUGAAUUUGAGUGCAUUUCCCCAAAAAAGUUAAAGAAGAGAAACUAUAAAAACUCUGGGGUCAUUUGCAUCAAGAACUGCCAGGUGGUGAAGGAGUAUACCUUUCUGGAUUAUAUAAUGGGGGGUUGUCAAAUCAACUUCACUAUCGCCAUCGACUUCACGGGCUCUAACGGGCAUCCCAGCUCUCCCCAGUCCCUCCAUUACAUCAACCCUGAAGGCUAUAAUGAAUACCUGACAGCCAUCUGGGCAGUGGGUAAUAUCAUCCAGGACUAUGACAGUAACAAGAUGUUUCCUGUCUUUGGUUUUGGAGCCCAGGUCCCUCCCUCUUGGCAGGUUUCCCAUGAAUUUCCUAUCAAUUUCAAUCCAGCAAAUCCAUUCUGCGCCGGCAUAGAGGGUGUGGUGCAGGCCUACCGGCACUGUCUACCCCAGUUGAAGCUCUGGGGCCCCACCAACUUCUCUCCGAUUAUCAACCAUGUAGCCUACUUCGCCAGACAAGCUCUUCGGCAGAAUAUGGCCUCACAAUACUUUGUGCUGCUCAUCAUCACAGAUGGAGUGAUCACAGACAUGGAUCAGACAUGCACUGCUAUUGUGGAGGCCUCGCGUCUGCCCAUGUCUAUCAUUAUAGUGGGUGUGGGCGGGGCAGACUUCAGCGAAAUGGAGGCCCUUGAUAGUGAUGGCAAAUUGCUGUGUUCAGCCAGGGGCGAUGUUGCUUCAAGAGACAUCGUCCAGUUUGUGCCCUUCAGAGAUUUCCAAGGAAACAGCGUGGCCCUUGGCCAGAGUGUCCUGGCGGAGCUGCCUGAUCAAGUGGCCUCCUUCUUCAAAUCUUACAAGCUGAAACCCCCUAAUAUAUUCAGUGUUUCUGACCCGUCCUAGAAAGGCAGUGAGCUGGGAAAGGGUCGUAGUCGGGCGUUGGACCAGUUGUGUCAGCGAGAAGUCUGAGGAAGAGCAUGGUGCUCGAAAUGUUUCACAGCAUUAAAAAUCCUUCUAACGGGA